AUGAUAAUCAAUAUCACUCCUGAUGAGACCAAAUCAUUUAGGUAAAAUUUAUUUAUUUAUAAUAGAUGUUUUUAAUAAUAGAAGGUGCAAGUAGUAGUACAGGAAGAGCAGGAGGUAUUUGAGAGAUAGGAGGAUCUCUUACAAAUUUUAUCUAAUGUAAAUUAGAUUAAUAUUAUUGAUGAUGAUGACUCAUCAUCAAUAUUCAAGAAACUCUUAGAUAUGCUCAAGAAGGAGUAAAUCAAAGACUGUGUGGCAUAUCUCUAAUCAUUUAAAUAUUAAGAUCAAAAGGAGAAGGAGUAAAUUAAGAAGAUAAUACAUAUUCUGAAGAACAUAAAAGACCGUGAAUUCAAUUAGAAAGACUAUUCCUCAGAACCACUUGAAGAGAUUAAAAAGGAUCUGAUUAAAAAGUUGUAAGGUAAUAAGAGCAUGAUUGAGUUACUAAAAUUUUUAAUCAUGCUUACAAGUAUAGAUGAUCAAUUCAUCUCCUGUGGAUCCAAUUCACUUCAUAUGCUGGUAAUGAUGAAGGUAGAUGUCAGAAACCAAUCCUUUGAGAAUAUACGGAUGAAGAAUACAUCUUUGAUUAGUGGUAAUUUUGUAAGAUGUAAUUUGAAUGGAUCAGAAUUUGAGAAUGUGGAUAUUAGCGGUGUCAAUUUUAAUGGUGCUUAGAUGUUCAAUUGUUAAUGGAAGAACAUAAAAGUCCAUGAAUUGAAUAGGUUGGAUGGCCAUAGUAAUUGUGUUAGAUCAGUCUGUUUCUCUCCAGAUAGAAAUACAUUAGCUUCUGGUAGUUAUGAUUACUCUAUCCGUCUAUGGGAUGUCAAAACAGGAUAAUAAAAAGCCAAAUUAGAUGGUCAUACUAGUACUGUCUACUCAGUCUGUUCUCUCCUGAUGGAAAUACAUUAGCUUCUGGUAGUAGUGAUAAGUCUAUCUGUCUUUGGGAUGUCAAAACAGGAUAAGAAAUUAAAUCCUCUGACAAAAACUACAAAGAUAUUUUUACCUAAUUUAAGAUUCCACUCCAAUAACAUAGACAUAUUUUCGAAAGAAGUAUUUAUCCCCUAUUAUAUUUUUAGCCUCCGAUUAUAUCACUAAAAACCUUAUAUCCUAAUAGGCAAUAUUUUAAGCAUAAGGAGCACUAAUUUUGA